GAUCCAUACUAUAGAUUUAAUGAUGUGAUAUACAGAUGGAUCUCGCUGGAUAACUGGACUUACAGCAGAACAUUCAAAACUCCUUUUGACAUCAGAAAGUGGCAGAAAGUGAAUUUGGUUUUCGAGGGAGUAGAUACAGUAGCACAGAUCCUGAUCAACAAUAUGACUCUUGGGACAACAGACAACAUGUUCAACAGAUAUAGCUUUGAUAUUACCAGCAUGAUCAAGGAGGUCAAUUUUGUCGAAGUCCGUUUCUUAUCAGCUGUUUCAUAUGCAGCAGAGCAGAGCAGAUGUCACAAAGCAUACAGUGUUCCCCCGGCGUGCCCUCCACCUGUGCAGAAAGGAGAGUGCCAUGCUAAUUUCAUCAGAAAGGAGCAGUGUUCAUUUAGUUGGGACUGGGGCCCUUCUUUUCCCACUCAAGGAAUCUGGAAAGAUGUUAGGAUUGAGGCCUAUAACCAUUAUCACCUGAUUUACUUUUCUUUGACUUCUUUCUUUGUAAAGAGUGCUCAGCAGUGGAAUCUUGAAAUCGAGUCUAUUUUUGAUGUAGCUAGCUCCAAGCCAAUUGCAGGUCUUGUGACUGUGAACAUUCCCAAAUUGCAAACGCAGCAAACAUUCAGUGUGAAGCUUCAACCUGGAGAAGGCAGCAUUGUGCUGCUUGUAAACAUCAACAAGAGCUCUACAGUGGAGGCUUGGUGGCCAAAUGGACAUGGAAAGCAAACUGGUUACAACGUGACAACAACUUUCAUCAUGGAGGCAGGAUACCAGAUUGAGAAAUUUUCAAAGGCCUAUUUUCGGACAGUAGAACUUGUUCAGGAGCCUAUUCCUGGCUCACCAGGUCUAAGUUUCUACUUUAGAAUCAAUGGCCGACCCAUUUUCAUCAAGGGCUCGAACUGGAUUCCAGCAGAUUCUUUCCAGGACAGAGUGACCUAUGACACAUUAUGGCUACUCUUGAAGUCUGCAGCAGAUGCUAACAUGAAUGCACUUCGAGUUUGGGGAGGAGGAGUAUAUGAACAAGAUGAAUUUUAUGAUAUUUGCGAUGAACUAGGAAUAAUGAUUUGGCAGGAUUUUAUGUUUGCAUGUGCGCUAUAUCCAACCGACCAGAAUUAUUUAGAAUCUGUAAGAGCAGAAGUUUCUCAUCAGGUAAGGCGUUUAAAAUCCCAUCCAUCAAUUAUUCUGUGGAGUGGCAACAAUGAAAAUGAAGCAGCAAUUGCAAGCAAUUGGUUUUCCAUACCUUAUGCUGACAGAGAAGUCUAUAUCAAAGACUACGUGACGCUUUAUGUGAAGAACAUCCGAGAAGUAGUUCUUACUGAAGAUGAGAGUCGUCCUUUCAUUGCAUCCAGUCCCACCAAUGGCUUGGAGUCAGUUAAAGAAGGUUGGCUCUCCCAGAACCCUUAUGAUACCCGUUAUGGUGACACUCACUUUUAUGACUACAGCAAUGACUGCUGGAACUGGACAGUGUAUCCUAAAACUCGUUUUGCUUCAGAAUAUGGAUUUCAAUCCUGGCCUUCCUUCAGUACAAUUGAAAAGGUUUCCUCCACUGAGGACUGGUCCUACACAAGCAAUUUUUCUCUCCAUCGACAACACCAUGAAAAUGGCAAUGAUCAGAUGCUUCAACAGAUCGGGCAUCAUUUCAAGCUUCCCCAGAGCAUAGAUCCCAUAAAGAAGUUCAAAGAUAUGAUUUACCUCACUCAGGUGAUGCAGGCUCAGUGUAUAAAGACAGAAACUGAAUUCUAUCAUUUUAGUCGAAGUGAAAUAGUCAAGGGAGAAGGACACACAAUGGGAGCUCUGUACUGGCAACUCAAUGACAUUUGGCAGGCACCUUCAUGGGCUUCCUUGGAGUAUGGUGGUAAGUGGAAAUUGCUCCAUUAUUUUGCCCAGAACUUCUUUGCACCACUGCUGCCUGUGGCCUAUGAAGACAAAGGCAUGUUGUACAUUUAUGGCGUCUCGGAUCUUCAUGUGGACCACAAGCUGACUUUAAGGGUCAUUGUGCAUGCCUGGAGUUCUUUGGAGCCAGUAUGCACCCUUGCCAAAGACGGUGUGACUGUUAAAGCACAAAGUGCUGUCCCCAUCUACAAGGAGUCCAUAAAUGACUUGCUGGAAAGAUGCAGAAAUUGUAGCAGGAAAAGCUGCGUUAUUACUUUCUGUCUUGUGGGAGAAGGUGGGCUCCAGAGUCCUACGAACCAUCACUUCCUUUCAUCUCUAAAAGACGCUGUAGGAUUAGAAAAGACCCAGCUUACUGCCUCUGUAUCCCAACAAGAUGACAUUUAUAUAUUUGUUCUUCAGACCACUGCAAUUGCUCCGUUUGUUUCUCUGGAUGUAGGGAGUAUAAAAGGCAGAUUUAGUGAUAAUGGUUUCCUCAUGACCGAAAAGAAGAAAGUGGUUGCGUUUUAUCCUUGGGAACCUACCAGUGUUGAAGAACUAGAAAAGUCACUGACCUUGACCUCUCUGGUGGAUGUUGUCUGAGGACACUUUGUUUCCUUCUAGAUAAGGAGUGAAACAGGAAGAGGAAAAAAUUAGAAGAAUUUGACUAAAGUUGAAGUGACCUAC